GUCUCUGGGUGAUGGCGACUGACAUGAUAAUUUGACAGUGACACUGACAGUUUUUGACGUAUGGUUGCGUUGCGUUGCGCUAGCGGGAUGGAGUCGUGAGCAAUUUUAUGAUACAAAAGUAAAGCGAUUAAAAUUAAUUAAUUUAAAGCAAUCUAUAUAAACUACAAUCAUGAGUCGUUUCUUCGCUACUGGUACAGACUCCGAGUCUGAUAGUUCGUCUGAAGAGGAGCAGGUAGUACGAGCGCCUGCACCCGUCUAUACGUUUAGUGACGAUGAAGAAGAAACUAAACGUGUAGUGCGUUCCAUGAAAGAGAAAAGAUAUGAGGAGUUAGAAGGAAUAAUUCAUUCACUUCGCAACCAUCGAAAGAUUAAAGACUACUCGUCAGCAUUGGCUUCAUUUGAAGAACUCCAAAGAGCUUACACCCGUGCUGCUCCUGUAGUGCAAAAGGAAGAAAAUGGAAUAGCACCACGGUUCUUUAUAAGAGCCUUGACUGAGCUGGAUGAUUGGGUUUCUGGGGCGUGGAAUGAUAGGGAUAGCCGUAAAGCUCUUUCAAAGGGCAACAGUAAGGCACUUACAUCAUUGAGACAAAAACUGAGGAAAUAUACAAAAGAUUUUGACGCAGAGAUAUCUAAGUUCAGGGAGAACCCUGAUUUGCCUGAUGAUGAUGAUGAGCGUAAAGAUACAUCCUCAUCUGAUGAGUCUGAAGAUGAAGAGAAAGUUAAAGAAAAACCAAGAGUGCGUCGUUCUCCAGAGCCACCUCGGCGACCUCCACCUCAAGAUGAUGAGUCUUCAGACUCCAUGGACUGGGGUUCCAGCUCGUCUGAUUCAAGCUCAAGCUCAGAUGAUGAAGCCCAUGGUGCUACCACAAUCAGAGAGCGAUUCUUGAAACGUACCACUGAGAGAGAUGAUGACGAUGAGAGAGGAGACAAGCGUCAAAUACGUCGUAAUAAGAGACGCGAGGGAGCUGGCAAAAUUAGUAAGAAGGACCAGGCUGAUGAUGGAGGGGAGUGGGAGACGGUUCGGAAAGGUGCUGCUACCUCGGAUAAACCCAAGAUGUUUGCUAAAGAUAGCGACAUCGAUGCAGCUCUCGUUGUCAAGAAACUAGGCGAGAUCAGCGCCGCCCGCGGCCGCAAGCGUACCGACCGGCGCGCGCAGCUCGAGCUAUUGCACGAACUGCGAACUGUGGCACAGCAGCACAACUUAGGGGAUGCGCUCCAACUCAAACUACGAGCUGCCACCGUCGCCGCACUAUUCGACUACAAUCCUAAAGUGUCUGAUGCUAUGAAACCGGAAUACUGGUCGCGACUGGUCGAAAACGUCGACCAGAUGGUCACACUUCUUCUAUCCUUUGAUGACAUGGUGUUCAGUGAAAGCAUCCUCGAAGAAAACGAACAGCUCGUGACGCCUCCCUACAGAGUCCGGGGAUGCCUACUUACAGCGCUCGAACGUCUCGACGAUGAAUUCACCAAACUGUUGAAGGAAUGCGAUCCCCAUUCCAAUGAGUAUGUGGAGAGACUGAAGGACGAAGUGAGGGUUUCGGCACUGAUCGAUCGCGUCUGCCAAGUGGUGGAGCGUGAUGGGACGCCGCAGGAAAUUUGUCGCGCUUACUUGCGCAAAAUUGAUCAUCUUUACUAUAAAUUCGAUCCGCGAGCCGUCAAGAAAGAUCUGCCGCCCGGCGAGGAGACCACUAUUAAGAAAAUGGAACGCCUGUGCAAAUACAUCUACGCUAACGAUGAUUCUGACCGUCUGAGAACUCGCGCCAUCCUUUCUCACAUCUACCAUCACGCAUUGCACGACAACUGGUUCCAAGCACGAGAUCUGCUUCUCAUGUCGCAUCUGCAAGAAAACGUUCAGCACUCCGACCCGAGCACUCAGAUUCUUUACAAUCGUACUAUGGCCAAUUUGGGCCUGUGUGCCUUCCGCCGCGGCAACGUCAAGGAGGCUCACGGCUGUUUAGCCGAGCUGAUGAUGACCGGCAAGCCGAAAGAGUUGCUCGCUCAGGGUCUCCUGCCCCAGCGGCAACACGAGCGCUCCAAAGAACAAGAGAAGAUAGAGAAACAGCGCCAAAUGCCUUUCCAUAUGCAUAUAAACCUGGAGUUGUUGGAAUGCGUCUACUUGGUGUCCGCUAUGAUGAUCGAGAUCCCUUACAUGGCAGCUCACGAGUUCGACGCCCGUCGCCGUAUGAUAAGUAAGACGUUCUACCAGAACUUGCGCGCCAGUGAACGCCAAGCUUUAGUAGGACCGCCGGAGUCGAUGCGCGAGCACGCUGUGGCGGCUGCCAGAGCCAUGCGCCGCGGGGAUUGGCGCGCAUGUCUGAACUUCAUCGUCAACGAAAAGAUGAAUGCUAAGGUGUGGGAUUUAAUGGUAGGCGCGGAAAACGUGCGCGCCAUGCUGGGGCGGCUCAUUCGCGAAGAGUCGCUCCGCACGUACCUGUUCACGUACGCGCACGUGUACGCGUCGCUGUCGCUGCGCUCGCUGGCCGACAUGUUCGAGUUGCCGCGCCAGCGCGUGCACUCGCUGGUGUCCAAGAUGAUCAUCAACGAGGAGCUGCUGGCGUCCCUGGACGACCCCAGCGAGUGCGCCAUACUCCAUCGUUCCGAGCCCACUAGGAUGCAAGCGCUGGCGCUGCAACUGGCUGACAAGGUCGGCAACCUAGUAGAUUCCAACGAGCGUAUCUUCGAGAAGCAGGGGUCGUUCUUCCAAAGGGGUGGUGCCCCGCGGGGGGAAGGGCGUCAAAGGGAGCGCCCGCGCGACGGAUGGGGUCGUCGCCAGCGCAACCGCCGUGGCCGCGACGACGAGCGCCAACACGAAGACUAAACUCACACCUAUUCCAACCCUCUCAAUCGCACCCUACACCACACAUUACUAACGGCUGUUGGGGCAUACGCGGGAAGAAACGCCCACUUACCCUUAAAUAUCAUACUACCAAGAAACCACGUUUGGAAUAUGAGUGCGGCCACUCAGAUUCACGAAUAGAUUAUACAGUGGCGUUAGAAAAGUGCCCUUUUCCAAUUAAAUCCCUCGCUUGUGAUUCACAUUCUCAGGCAAAUAAAGUAUCAAUUGCCACAAAUGAAAAUUUAGCAGCCACAGUUGAUAUAUUCAAUGUGACAUCAAUGUACGUAUUUCUUGUAUGUCAUAUUUAUACAUUUCCUCCUGUGUAUGAAGAUGAGACGGUUGCAAAAUACAUUUUUCUUACUGAACAUAAUCACACUGAUUGAUAGCGCUCUUCCGGGUUGCCAGUUUUGCCAGUUUUAAGUGUUCAUUUUCACGACCGGGAGCUGCUACCGACGACUGUACUCGGCGACGUCUCGGCGACAGUUGACGGCAGUUGCCGACUGCAGUCUACUGCAGUCGACUGCCGUUGACUGCCGCCGAGACUUCGCUUCGCGGUUGUAGGUAUCAGUUGCCGCUCGUGUAAAUGAACCCUAACACGUAUUUAUUUUCUGUAUGUGUUAAAUUUUACGUUUGAAAGACUUGCAGUUCGGAAGAGCGCUAUCUAAAUAUAUAAAGAUUUAUAGUGAAAGUUUGUAAUAAUAAAUACAAAUUUGUCUCAAAUAA